ACGUGACGCUGAGCUUUUUCAUCUUUAAUCGUAAUAUAACAACUUGCGCUUCCGCUGAAACAACUUCCUGUCGCUGCUGACGUAUGCAAGGCCCCGCUGCGUUUCAGCCAAUCGCUAGCGACCCGCGUUCUAGCCACGCCCCUUCAACCUGUCAUAUAACGCCACAUAAACUAGCCUAGCUAGAGAUGGUGAAAAGAUGCGUUUUCGGAUGUUUUCCUCUUAAAACGUUGUUCCCCUUCCCUAAAACACCGUGGUUACGCGCGCGCUGGCUUGAGUUUUUACACUUCGAGGAAGAAGGAAUAACGGAGAAUUCGCGCUUGUGCUCGCGGCAUUUCACGCCUGAAUGCUUUCAGAAUUUAACGCAACACGAGAUGGGCUUCGCUAAAGUCCUGUGUUUGACAGAGACAGCCGUUCCGUCCGUUUACACCGUCGGUGCGUCACCAGCUGCGAAGCCGCAGACCUGCGACGUUUCCUGCCAGUGUCCGGCUUACGGUCAGAGAAAGAGCGUUUCGGUUCAAACUCCAAAGUCCAAACGACGGCGUGAAGAGGUGAACCUCAACCUUGUGAAGUUCAAUGAAAAUCAUGAUGGAGAAACACAGACAGAGACGUACACAGACGAUUCUUCAGCACAGACGUUUGCACUAAAUGAAGAUGGAAUCAAAUCCAUUCAGAUCAAAGAGGAGCACAUGGAGGACGGACAGUGGGACAGCGGACCGAUAUCUCCUGCUCUUUGCCCGUUGGGUCCUGAGGUGGAAGACCAGGACAGUUUCAGUGCGGGAACAACAGGACCAGCUAGAGAGGGCAGUGAUUUCAUCCUGACGAGUAAAAUGAAGACCAGCGGAUUGUGGAAUUCACCCGUUUCUGAGGAAUAUCCCAUGAACUCCGAAGCCCAGUGUUUGGACGCGUCUCCUCUGGAAUCAGGCGAGCGAUAUGAAAACCGACGGCCGGAUCCGAGCGCGCAGCACCAUGUGGAAGAAGCGUAUAGAACGGGUGAGAUCUCCCUGCGGGCGAAUCCAUCAGCGGCGGAGAGGAGCUCACGCUGCCCUCAGUGCGGAAAGACCUUCACCACACGCUUCUAUCUGAAGAUCCACCAGCGCAUCCACACCGGAGAGAGACCCUACACCUGCCCGCAGUGCGGCAAAGGCUUCUACUGCAACUCACACCUGAUCUCACACCAGCGCUCGCACACCGGAGAGAAACCCUACAGCUGCGAGGAGUGCGGGAAAUCCUACUCGCACUUAAACUCGCUCAAACUGCACCAGCGCAGCCACACGGAAGAAGAGGCGUAUGCGUACUGGUGAUCCAUGAAAUGCUACAUGACUCUGUUUUACAUUCGACACAUAUUUUGUAUGAUAAAUUAUAAAAUAGCAUUGCUUUAAGUUUGAUAUACUGCCUUUUUUUGAGUAGCAGGUCAACAGAUUACUUUUACAUCCUUUUUUUAUCUAUUUGUUACACAUGAUACAUGAAUUGCAUUUCAUUUAUAUAUAAAUUAGUAAGUGCUGUCAAAUGAUUAAUCGUGAUUAAUUGCAUCCAAAAUAAGUUUUUAUUUACAUAAUAAAUAUACACAGUACACAUAUUAUGUAUGUAUAAAUACAGACAUACAGUAUAUAUUUUGAAAAUACUUGCAUAUAAAUUAUAUGGAUAUAAAUAUAUACAUUAUAUAUAAGUAUAUUUAAUAUAUAAACAUAACAUAUUUUUUUAAAUAUAUACAUGCAUGUGUGUGUAUUUAUAUAUACAUAAUAAAUAUACACAGCACACACUCAUAUAUUAUGUAAACAAAAACUUUUAUUUUGGAUGCGAUUAAUCAUUUAACAGCACUAAAUUUUUCAUUUUAUAACCUGUAAAACUUGUGCUAUGAUGUUUUGCUGUGUUUUUAUGUUUGUGUGGAUUAUUUAAUAUGGGAGCGCCAUUUUGCGAUUGACAAUAAAAAUCCAUGACUUUCUGAUGGAUAUGAUGGAUAAAGUCCUCUCGUGUCUUAAUGGAUCAUCAUUGGGAGGGAGUGCUGUAAUUUACACUGUUAUUGUUAUGUAUUGCAGGACUGUGUGUUUGUUUCUGUGUGGUUUGUUGAUUCAUUUGCGUUGUGUAAAUCGAUAAACUCAAUAAGGCUUUCUAAUGAAUGUCAGAGAGGAAAAAAUUUAAAUAAAUCAAAAUAAUAUUGAGAUGCUCG